CUCAGUUAGUUUGUACAGAUCCAUUCGUGAUACUCAUUGUUUGAUUUCAUUAAAUUCGAAUUAUAUUAUUGUUUUUUUUUUUUUUUUUAAUUUUUGUUAACUUAAGUAUGUUUCGAGCCCAAGUUGUUAGUGUUUUGAUAAUAGUUUUGGUAGCUGCAGCUACCAGCGACAAAUUUCUGGCUCAAAAACCGGAUUUCUUGACGCCAUGUAAACAAACGGACCCUAACUUCAACAAAUGCUUUGCAAAAGAUUUUGAAGUGGUUUUUUCACAAUACAAAGAUGGUGUACCCGGCCUAAAGACUUUCGGAACAAUUGAUCCGUUGCAUGUUAAACGUGUUGUAAUAGCAGAGGAUGGCAAUAGUCCCGUUGCCAUUAAUAUUGAACUCACCGAUUUGGAGGUAAUUGGUUUCCGGAACACAAAAGUACUCGACGCAAGUUUUGACCAACCCAAAUUAGUCACCAAAUUAAAAUUUACAAUUCCCGAAAUGACAAUUAAGUCUAAUUAUGCGGCUCAAGGUCGGGUCUUAACUUUGCCAAUAAAUGGCAACGGAAAGGCCGAAAUGAAAAUUCAAAACUUAUUAAUAAAUGUUAUUUGCAAACUAAAACGACGUGACGAAGAUGGCAUGAAAUUUACUGACAUUCAAAAAGUUCGCUUGGACAUUGAGGUUGGUGGUUUCCAUAUCGAUUUGGAAAAUCUGUUCAAUGGUCAAAAGGAUUUGGAACAAACAGCGAAUAAUCUGUUCAAUGACAGUUGGAAAGAACUAUUCGAGGCUUUGCGCCCUUCGAUUACAGCAACAAUACAAACGGUGCUGGAAGACCGUUACAAAAAACUGUUUGCCUACAUACCAGCCACAUAUUUUAUUGAAGAUUUAGAAUAAUAAAAAACAAAACACCAAAGAAA